AUGACCAACAACAACAACAAGAAUCAGAGCGUCAAGACCAACCAAAAGGCCAAGAAUAAGAACAAGACCAAGUGGAGCACCACGACCAAGAACAACAAGGAGUUGGAGGAAAUGCUAAAUGGUAUUUUUGCGGCCGACAAGGUGGAUCCCCUCAAGGAUGUCAUUUUUGGAUGCACCGGUGCCCCGUCCAAGAUGCCCGAUCAGUCCGAGUUUCGUCGCUUGAUUACGAGGCACUUUAUUGGCUACCUGGAAACUGGCUCGACACACGCCAAGGUGGAGUUUGCCACCCAGUACAUUGUAAAUGGCAUUACCAAGAAUGGCGGCCGAUUCUUCAAGUUGGACCUGAAGAAAACUCAGCCAAAGACGAAAGCCCUGGUCAUUCGGCAAUUGCUUCCUGCCAAUCAGACGGACCACAAGUUGAUGAUGGCCCGUAUCAUGGGCUUUUUGCGAGAUGAAGCCUAUCGAUUCAAAUUUGGCAUUGGCAAAGCCAAGAACACGCCUACGACUAAUAAUGCGAGCAGCAGUGAACACGACCAAGAUGAAUCGUCUGCUUCUCUUGUCAACCAGAUGGAUAUCGAAGACGACGUGGUGGUCACCAAGACAGUCGUGCCUUUUUCUCCCGGUCCCUCAAGCUCCUCCUUUGACAAGAACAAGAACACGACCAACGACGACAAGCAAGAACCGGAACACCACGACCUCACGACGACUUCCACGUCUUCCAAUGCCAGUCGGACGUCCUCUGAGACCGAGAAGGCCGCUAAUCAUCACAAGACAAAACCCUCGCCGCCAGAAGCUGUCCCCAAGGAGAUUGUCAUGGCGGAAUCUUCAACAGUCUCCAAGACAGCCACCACGACUGCUCGUCCCAAAUCGGACCUCCAAGAACCCAAGGCCGCGAGUUUGGUUCAGGGUGCGGUCAGCACUCGCAAGGAGAAUUGCAUGAGUCCUCUUGCCAUGGAUUGUUCUGCCACCGACGACAAUGUGAUUCUCGAAAAGGAUUUCUUGCCACCUCCCAGCACCCUUCAAUUCACCGAGAGCAUGGCGGGACAUUCGCUCGGGACCAUUCUCUGUGAUGAUCAUGAUACCGAUGCUCCACCGACUGGCAAUAAGGACAAGUGGUGGCCCCAAACGAACGCUACCGACCUCCUGGCGGACGACGACAUUAUUGUUCCGCCACAGACGGCCCAACAGAUGCAGCACGCCCUGGAGUGCUACCAUUCUUUUUGGGCCCAUGACUUGAUGAACGGAUCGCGACGUGGAGUCCAGAGUUUUGAUUCUCUGGCCAAGCACUUGCGCUCGGUCGUGCACAGUUCCUCCGAGCUCCUUCGUCGUGUCGAAGUGCUGUGUCGCAUGGAACAGGAGCAAACCAAGCUUGCCAAGGAUCGUCCGGCCAAUCUUGUCGUGGAAGGCAAAGGGCAUUCCUUGCUGUUGGAGAAGGAAGAUGUUGCCACAGGCAUGGUCAAGAAAACUGGAGGUAUGACCGCUCCUUCUGGCUUGCGUGGCAUGGUCUAGACCGGCUAGACUGCCGUGUGCACGGCAAUGACAGUUUGUGCUUUUUAUUGUGUGGGCGGGUUUUUUUGAACUCACCGAUACAAGAACUCAAGCAUCUACGUGAACACACUUGGGGGAUCAUUGACACCUACAUUUUUAUCUGAAGCGACGAAGCCAACAGGCGAAACAUGAAUACACAUUUUGCAUUCAAUUACAUACCGGGGGAACCACCAUCAGCAACAGGGAUGGCGUUGUGCGAUUGAUGUGGUUGUUUGUACCGAUAGUAGGUCAGAUCGAAAAGAGUUUCUACACGGAGCAAACAUCCAUCAUUUGUGCAACUCGCAUCCCGGUGGCUGAUGCUGGGUCGAGGAGAGCAGGGACGGAGACAGCAAGAUCCUCUCCAAAUCUAAAUAAAAAUGCAUUUC